UACAUAUCUAUCAUUUUAGAUUAAAAAAAAAAAUACUCUUAUUAUUGCAGUUCUUAUCCCACUCUAUCAAUGGUAUCAGAGUAGGCACAAUGAAUGGUCCUGUUCAGAUUUUAGUUCCUAUUUUGGAUGACAAAAAUUACAACCGAUGGUGUGUGCAAAUGAGGGUGCUUUUUGAUUACCACAAAUUGCUAAGUGUUGUGGAGAAUGGAGUUACUGAAAUUGUAGAAAAUGUUAAUGAUGCCCAAAAGCACGCACACCGUGAGAGUACGAAAAAGGACAAGAAGGCAUUAUAUUUCAUCCAUCAAGAGAUAAAGAAGCCAAUUAAGCAAGUCUUCCAAAGCCAAGUUUCUAUCAAAGGUGAUCAAGGUGGUGAAACAAGUCAAAAGCACAGUGGUUCUCGUAGUAGAGGACGAGGGCGUGGUUUCUACUUCAACAAAGGUCAUGGGGGUCAUAACAACAAUUAUGGAGUAGGAGGCAAUGACCAAGAAAAAUCAAACUUCGACCAUCAACAAAAUUCAAAAGGUUGUGGUCAUGGAUGUGGUAGAGGAAGGUAUGACAAGUCCAAUGUUGAAUGUUACCAUUGUCAUAAACAUGGCCAUUAUUCCAAUGAGUGCAAAUGCAAGGAUAAUACUCAAAAGGCUCAUUGUGUACAAGGAGAUGAUGAUGUUGAUGGUGGCCAUGCUCUCUUGAUGGUCAUUGUUGUUGGUGAAACACCAAACUAUCACAUAUGGUUCCUUGACACUAGAUGUACCAAUCACAUGAGUGGCAAAAGGGAGCUAUUUGUUGAUCUUGAUGAGUCCUUUCACACAAAAGUGAAAUUUGUUGAUAAUAGAACUAUACCAGUAAUUGGAAAAAGAAGAAUUCUCAUCAACUUGAAGAAUGGAAAUCACAAGUACAUUUCAAAUGUAUUUUACAUUCCAAGCAUGAAGAGUAAUUUGCUUAGUGUGGGCCAAUUACUUGAAAAAGGGUAUGUUAUGAGCUUGCGUGAUCAUCAAUUCUCCAUUCUAGAUAACCAAGAUAGUGAACCAAUGACAUUUGAGGAGGCAAUUCAAGAUUCUAAAUGGGUAAAUGUAAUGAAUGAGGAGAUCAAGCCAAUUGAAAGGAACAAUACAUGGGUACUCACUGAUAUUCCACAAGGUCACAAAGCAAUUGAUGUCAAGUGGGUUUUCAAGACAAAGGUGAAGUCAAAUGGUGAGACCAUCAAACUUAUAAUUGGUUUGGUUGCACAAAAUCAAUGGAAAAUCCAUCAAAUGGAUGUGAACUCAGCUUUUCUAAGUGGCCCACUUGAAGAAGAGGUAUAUGUCCAGCAGCCUCCUGGAUUCAUGAAACAAGGAAGUGAAGAUAAGGUUAACAAUUAUGGUGAUAUAUUGCUGCUAUCUAUUUAUGUUGAUGAUCUAAUAUUCACAGGCAAUAAUCCCACAAUGAUUGAAGAUUCCAAGAAGUCCAUGAUGGAUAAUUGUGCUAUUCUAGGCUACUCAGAUAGUGAUUGGGUUGGAGAUCUAGAUGAUCAAAAAAGCACUUCUAGAUGCUAUUUCAAUUUUGGUGCUACAACCUUCUCUUGGUCAUCAAAAAGCAGUCUAUUGUUGCUCUAUCAACUUGUGAAGCAAAACUUGGCAAAGAAUCCUGUCACACAUGGAAGAAGCAAACACAUCGAUGUUCGAUAUCAUUUCUUGAGAGAUCAAGUUGGCAAGAAAGCAAUUGAGUUGGUUUACUGCAAAUCGGAAAACCAAGUAGCUAACAUCCUCACCAAACCUUUGAAGUUUGAAGCUUUUAUCAAAUUAAGGAGCAUGCUUGGAAUGACUACUUUACUAGAUCAGGAUUAAAGGGGGAUUGUUGGUUUGUUAAUGUUGAUCUAAUUGUAGUUUUCACUGUUGAAUAAGUUUUAUUGUCACCUAUUAUCUAAGAAACUAUUUGUUUUUUUGUUACUCUUUAGGACGUAGUGCAGGACGUGUCAGUAUGCAUGUUAGCCAUGUUGCCUUGUUUUUAGAAUUUAGUUACUAUUUAUUUGGUUGUAUUAUUGAUGUCUUCUGCCUAUAUAAAGGCUAUUACUAGUG